AUGUGUCACGAAUCCCCCACGGCCCAAUUCCUCGGAGCUCUAGCAACCAUCUUAGGUGAUGCCUUUCUAAUUUGGCAUUUAUGGAAAUACGAUAAGUUUCGUUGUAUGAUUUUCAACAAGAGGAGUGCGUUUAGGUUCAUCAUAGUGUGGAUGUUCAUCAUAUCUGCUCUCCUAUUCACAGCGUGGAAUGUAAUCCUAGUAUGGGUCAAAUAUACAGAAUACUACGCAGUAGUUCCAAUUUCAGAGCAUGAGAGUGAGAUCAUGCCCGUACCAUUCCAGCUUUGGGAAAAAAGUAAACAAGAUUACGUUCGAUUCUCAUACCAGCUCCUAUGCGUAGGAUGGGGUAUAGUCCUUGCGAUUCAUUCAGAAGAAACUCUCUACUGGGCUUAUUUGAUUAACGCUAUUCGAAAAAGAGAUAAUAGACAUUGGUUCAGGAGUAUCUGGUUCAAGCUAUGGGUACUCAUCAGUGUUACCGUCAUCACUGUAAUACCUGCUAUAGGCAAUUUGGAAACUACCAAUCUGAUCAAAAUGGAAGCCAAUAUAUUCAUGGCUGGGUCGGUCCUUGCAUGUUUGCUGUUCUUCAUGAGUUUAUGGUUGUGGUUGGUAUUUCCAGGUUUCGUCAAUGAAUCUCGUCGACAAGGUGCGAAUGCCGAUGUCAUGGCCCGAUUGGAGUAUUUCAAAGAAAUGAACGGCGUUCGAACACUCUUCCGAUUCCUCUAUGUCUUUUGUAUCUUGACAUUAUCAAUUGAUGGCCAAACGAAACACAAGCAUGUCAAUACCACACCUUUUUGGCUAGACCUCUUCUUUGUAUGCGGAUUAUUCUUCGUCUUCACCUCCAAUGGUUUAUCUCUCAUGAUGCUCUUACCCCGAAACUCCCAUCUGGAAGAUCCAUCAAAGACGGCCAACGUAUUCAUUCGUCAAGCCCGACCAAGCCAUCGAAGGGACAUGCGCAUUCUUCCUUCUUCCUCAACCAUCGGAUCGCACAAAGACGACGACCGAGACAUAUACCAUCGGGAUAUUGAGACAGCUCAGAGAAGGUCUAAUCCGUGGGGAGCUUUGGGUGAACGACUGAAUAUCGAGAAGACGAGACUGAGCGGGCUGGACGAGGUUGAGUCAGGUGAUGCAGUUGCGAUUGCCUUGGAAAGUGAUAUGCACAGAGAGCGAAAUAGGACGAUGGACAGUUUGAACUCUAGAGGUGAUGCCCCCUUUGCGCCUACAGGUGGAGAGAGGAUGUUGAGACCCGAUGAAGGUCUAGAUGAAUCUCCUGAAGUUUUGAGUAAUUUCAGAUCUCCAGCGGAUCUUGCUAGGCCUGUCAGACCCACUGAGGUCAAUAUAGUAGUUACGACGUCCCAAGUGAUUGAAAAGGCAUAA